UCGCCCCUUCGUCCGCGUCGCCCUCCGACGAAUCACCUUCCUCAACUUCAUCGGCCAGCGGAGAUCCGGAUCUGCAGACUCCAUUUUCUUCGAUGAUGAAUCAAAAUCGGGGCUCGGAGGAGCGUAUUCAUGAUCAGUCGACGACAUCAGCAGUGAAGAGCGUGAAGAAUGAUUCAAAUAGGGAAAGAAGUCAUGACCACCAGAUCUAGAUCUACAUCGUUCGAUGUUGGAGCAACAGAGGAGCGGUGGAGGUCCUGUGGAGGAGGAAGGAGGAAGUUUGACAGUGGUGGAGAAGAAAAGGAGGAUGAAGGAGGAAGUGGGAUGGUCGUGGAAAAGAAAAGGAGGAGGAAGGAGGAAUUGGACGGUGGUGGAGAAGAGAGAGGGAGAUGUUGAUUUGUCCAAUCUUUUUU